CCAGUGGGUUCAAUUUUGAUUUUUAAGCAAAGUCUACAAAUCCCUUUUCUCUGAAGUAUAAGAAGCGUUCAUUUCAACGGCAUAGAAGUCACUCCCCGUUUUUACCACACCCAACCAAACACAAGUAAUAAACAUGUCUACACUUAGAACGAUCAAAACUAUAUUGCCUGGAAUCGAACAAGCCGAAGGCGUUGGUGCCACAGUCAGAAGAUCGAUCGGCAACAUAAAAAUGAGGAGCUUCAGCCCGUUUCUUCUCUUUGACCACUUCUCCUCGAACGGGGUGGGUGGCUUCCCAGAACAUCCUCAUUUAGGCCAGGAAACCAUCACAUUGAUGACCAAAGGCGCAUUUGCCCAUGAGGAUUUCACAGGAUCCAAAGGCGUUUUGAGGGAGGGUGAUUUGCAGUUUAUGACUGCUGGACGAGGUACGGUACAUAGCGAAAUGCCCGUUAUCCAUCCGGAUGGGUCUUUCAACUCAGGCUUGCAACUUUGGGUUGACUUGCCUGAGAAGUUGAAGGAGGUUGAACCGAGGUACAGGGAUCUUAAAACAUGGGAGAUUCCGACAGUUGAGCAACAAGAAGGGAAGGUGAAGGUUCGUGUCAUUUCGGGAAAGAGCUAUGGGGUCGAGCUGCUCAAGGAGUUGGCAUAUACCCCAGUGCAAUACUAUCACUACAUGAUGAAACCUGGCUCUCACUUUUCUCAAGAAAUUCCAAACUCCUUUAACUUUUUCCUAUACGUGAUGAAAGGAAAUAACUUGAUUUUGCAGAAAAACACCAAAGUCUCACAGUACGAGAAUGUUUUCUUCAACCCCGAUGGAGAUCACAUCACUGGGGACUAUUCUGAAACAGAGAAAGAAGACCUUGAAUUCGUGUUAAUUGGCGGGCAAAUUUUGGACCAAAAGGUGGUUCAACAUGGCCCAUUCGUUGCUACGAGUAGAGAAAGAAUUCAGCAGGCUUUCCUGGACUAUCAAAUGGCUAGAAACGGGUUCGAAAGAUUGCGCACAUGGAAAUCGUUAAUUUCUUCUGGCGUCACUGACGAAAUGGUUGACGGCGAACUCCGUGGAUCUCUUGAAGCAAGAGAGGAAGAGAGAAAAAAGUAUAUUUCCAAGUGGAAAGAGGGCGUCAUUGACGAAAAUUGCUAAAAUGCGUGACCUCAAAU